CCCGUGUAUUAUUGCGCGCCUUGAAUGUGUCAGGGGGAAAGGAGGAAAACUUCUGUAAAAAAAAUGGCGGAGGGUGCAACGUCUCUGAAAGGGAUGCGAGCCCAAAUGGCUGCAGCUGCACAGGCCCAGGCCGAGGAGCGCCGCAGCCUAGCAGGAACCAGCCCCGGGCCUGUCACCACUGCCAACACAGCCGUAUCAGCCAAGAGUCCAGGACCACGACCAGUUCUCGAUGGAGCUGCUUUGAGGAUAGACGAUAAACUCAGAGUGGCGAAAGAACGACGGGAGGAGCAGGAAAAACAACAGGCGGCGCGUGACUCUCAGAUCUUCGAGCGAGAGCGCAAGGCGAAGCUUCAGGUGGAGCGUCAGAUGGAGGAGCGACAGCGCAAGCUGGAGGAGCAGCGACGGAAGGAGGAGCAGAGGAGGGCUGCUGUGGAGGAGAAAAGGAAGCUGAAGCAAGAGGAGGAGAAGGAGCGCUAUGAGGCGGUGAUGCGCCGGACACUGGAGCGCAGCCAGAGGGCAGAGCAGAGGCAGAAGCGCUGGUCCUGGGGCGGACUCUCAGACGCAGACCACAGAACUGGUGAGAGCGACGCAAGUUCCUCUUCUUCCUCGGUAGCCAUAGUAAUCUGCCCCGCCUCGCCAGCCAAGCCUUGCAGGACGCCGCCAGUGGACAAACGAUCCACCUCCACCAUGAACCUCAUGAAACAGCCGGGUGAGGCGGUUCUCAGCAAGCGCCUGUCCUCUUCCUCCGCCACCCUGGUCCGCUCCCCUGACAAAAGUGCUAAGCGGAGGAGUUCAUCUUUGAACCGGUUGCCUAGCAAUCCCCCUCAACCCACUAAAGACGGUCAUAAUAAACAGCCUCAGGUGGAACAGACAGGCCGGACCGCCCAGAGCCGUCGCAGCUCGUCCCUCUCGCGGGCGGCAGCGCGAACCCCGACCCCGACCAGAGCGGAGAAGGCUCCGGCCGCCGAGGAACCAGCCCGCCGUGGUCUGACCAGCCCCGUGGACAGUGCUGUUCUCAGCCGCCUGCUCACCCCCACCCAGGCCUCACUCGCUAGGAGCAAGAGCGCCGCCGCCCUCUCCGCCCAAGGAGCAGACGCCCCAGAGUCUCACAUGCUGUGUCCUCGCUCAGCCUCGGCCACGCCCCCCGCCGGACGCAGCCAGCCGGUCCGCAGCCGCAGCAGCGACCGCCGCAACGGCCUGCCCACCUCCGCCUCGGCCCACGCCGCACUGGACAGUGGUGGCACGCAGAAAGCUGAGAAGCGCUUCUCAUCUCCGGGAGGGACGCGCCCCACCUCUCCCUCCACCCUCACCAGUCGUCACCGCUCCCCAUCCCCUGCACCCCUCAACACCAGCACCAACAAAAGAGCCCCCUCCCCAGUCACAGCCAAGAGUCCACGUAACCGUCCCCCGUCCCCCUCGGGCCUGAAGCAGCGCCCCCCCUCUCCCCAGCCGCAGACCACCUCCAAGCCGCCACCCAUCCAGAGGCCGGCCCUUACCCCCACCGGGCCGCCCACCCUCCGCAAGAGGGACUCCAAGCCAAAGGACAUGUCCCCCAUGCAGCCCCUCAUGCCCGUGGCAUCUCCGGACCCCAGCGCCCAGGCCAGCCCGGCCUCCACCCCCACCCCAGCUCCAGCUCCAGCUCCAGCUCCAGCCCCUGCCCCAGCCCCAGCCCCAGCCCCAGCCCCAGCCUCCAAGGCCAAAGAGGACGCCAGCUCCAAAGCCGCGGCUGGAACCAAUUCUGCCGCCGAGGCCGCCAAGAUCCUGGCCGAGAACCGGCGUCUGGCCCGCGAGCAGAAGGAGCGAGAGGAGCAGCUGCGCGUGCAGAGAGAGGAGGAAGAGAGGUUGAGAAAGGAGGAGGAGAAGCGCUUGGCCGAGGAGGCGCGAGAGAAGCGCCUGGAGGAGGAGAAGAGGCUGGCGGAGGAGAGGAAGAAGCAGGAGGAGGAGGACGCACUGAAGCAGGAGGAGGAGCGGGAGAAGCAGAGGCAGGAGGACGAGCUCAGGCAGGCAGAGCUGCAGAAAGAGCGCGAUGAGGCUGAGGCACGAGCCCUGGAAGAGGCGGAGAAGCUGCGUCUGGAGCGAGAACGCAUCCUCCAGCAGAAUCAACAGGAGCGCAUGGAGAGGAAGAAGAGAAUCGAGGAGAUUAUGAAGAGAACAAGAAAAACGGACCAAAAUGACUUCAAGAGAGAUGAUGAGAAAUGUGUCCAGGAGAUGAAUGGAAAUGGAAAUGAUGACCAAGCAAACUGUGACGCCAACGAGGAAAAUCCUGACCAACCAGAAGACACUGCUAUAGAGUCCAACCAAUCAGAAGCCCAGGAGGAGGAGGCCCUUCCUUUAGCUGAGCUAAUGGCAGUGCGGGAGGAGCCCUUGGGCUGUGUGAAUGGGCAGCCUGGGGUGGACAACAAGGAGAACAGCAACGGGUCCUGCACACAGGAGCCCCCUGCUGACAGCAGUUGUCCUCCGUCCAAAAGCCGGCUGGUGGAGGGCUCCGAGUUUGUGAACGAAGACGCCAAGGUGGGCCUGGCACCAGGGGUCAACGGGAAGUCCGGGCCCUGGAGCUUUGAGGAGCUCAUCGACCUCAACGUCCACAGCAAGGGCCGGCCACUGCUGGAGGCGGAGGCCUGCAACCAGGGCCUGAUGGAGCGCGAGGCGGGGGUUCCCGAGGGCCCGCGUGUGGCCUUCGAGGAGAAGACAUCCGUCAGCUCCCUGCACCCCAGCCAGCCCAUCGAGGCCUUGUCCGAGAUGUGAGGACUGGAGCCUUGUGAUAUACAUACAUAUUUGUUUAUUUUUUUGCACUCUGUGAGUUGUUGUCCAGUUUGAGCUUGAGAGCAGAGAGCUCCCCCCCCCCCCCGACCCAACGCAGAGCUAUGCGACGUGACCUUCAGCUCCUCACCUCAGUGGCAAGACAGAUGACACAACACAACACAACACAACAGAUAAAGAAGAGAAGCGCUUCAGGGAAUACCUACAUAUUCUUCAGUGUGCUCGUCUGCUCCAGCUCUCAGCCUCCUUCCUAUAUAGACAUUUUAGUCCUGUGAGUUUUUGUUGUUUUUUUAUUGUUGUUAUUGAUAUUAUUAAUUAAUUGUUAUUGUGUUGUUGUUAUUUGUGUCAUUUUUGUAAUUUAGGGGGCUGCAGUAAUUUAUUCCUCUUCAUUUUUUAAUUUUAUGACCGCCACUUCAAUGUUUGUUAUUUUUGAGAUUUUUGGUUUUGUUUUAUUUUUUUUCCUCCCAAAAUUCCAUAAGCACACGUUGAUGUUGAUGUGGCUGUGUGUUGGUAUGAGGGUGAUGAGGGUAGACACAGCUGCCAGAUCUCUCGUGACCAAAGAGAAGCAGCCCUUGCUAGUCCAUAAGCGCUCGCUGCUUUGGGUGGGGGGGGCGUGGUGCUCAGAACCGGCCUCUGGGCUUGGAGCUUUACCUUCUCAUGCGCUGCUCCUCCUGUUCACACGCACGCACACACAUGCACACACACCCACACCCACACACACACACGCACACACAUCCACACACGCACACGCACACACACACACACAGACAUUUAGUCUCAAACUCAAGCCUGGAGCUGAAGAAUGCAACCCACAUUGGCACCCCUCCUGGAAUGUAAGCACGCUAGCAGCUGCGAUCACGGCGGGCCUGGGGCUCUUAU